UUCGGUUGUUUAGCGUCAAUAGUCCUGUUCAAAUUAAUAUAAAGCGUUAAUUAAUUGUUAAUAUUUAAAUAUUUUUGUUGAAAAUUGUUUAUAAAUACUGUUUAUAAAAAAGUGUUCAAUUAUUAAUAUGAAAAAGUGUUUUAAAAUUUGCCAAAAACUCAGUGCAAUUUUCUUAGGACGAGCGCUGUUUUUUUUUGUCAGGCCAUUCGUUUUGUUAAGUGAUGAGAAAGCGUUAAUCAAAGGGGAUAGUGAGAGAGUUGGAAAGAAAAAAAAUUGUUUGCAAAAAGUCUGUGGAGAAAAGGUGUGAAAAAUAAUGAAAAAAGCUAAAAAAAAAGAGUUGGAGGGUAUGUAUGUAAAUACAUAUGUAUGUAAGUGUUGCAAAAUGGAUAUAUUGUUUUUGUUUGCAAUGAAGUACAGUCGGGAGAAUAUCGUUAUUUGAACAACAAAAUAUAAAGAUCAAUGAAAACGAGUUAAGUGCAAUAAUCGUUUGUAGGCCAUUCUUAAACGAAAAAAAAGUAAGACACACUAUAUGAACCUGUAUUGUAUAGAGAAAAAUCAGCUAAAAAAAAUUCCACCAACUGUAAAAAAAAAGCCUGAGUUAGAACUUAUGACUCUGGUUAAAAACUCCUCUUACAUAUAAAACCACUUUAUAAAAGUGUUAAGAAAAUGCCAAUAUUCUGAAUGAGAUUUUUUUUGUCACCAACAAAAUCGUAGUAAUAAUAACCAAGAAAAACUAUUGAAACGUAGCUUUGGAAAGCUUGAAGCUGGGUAAAUGUGGUCCAAAAACUAAAUAAUAAGUUUGUAGUAGAAACAGCUAAGAUGAAACCAGAUUUAGUUGUUUGUAAAAAUUCGUUGUUGUUUUUGUUGUCUACAACGUAUAGUAUGCUAAACAUAAAUUAAAACAAAAACACUAGAGUUUGUUUUUUUACCGAAAUCAAACGAGUCAACCAGACAAACAAACAAACAAAUAAACUGAAAGACAGCCACUGAGGGAACGAGCGUGCGAGUGAGUUGGAGUCACAGCUACAAAAACCACAAUAAUAAUAUUAAUAACACAAGCAACAGCAACAACAGUAAUAGUGGCAGCAGCAGCAGCAGAAAACAAGGUGAGGAGAGGAGACAAGUGUACGAAGUAGAAGUGACCUACAAAGACAGGUUUAUGAUUUUACUUCGCAUUUGCUAAAGCACAGACUAAAGACAGCAAAGAACCACUUUGCUAGACCCAGUUGAGACAAACAACAAUAACUGGAAGAAACCGACAAUAACAACAGAAAACCAGUCAGCCCAGCUUUAAAAUAAGCAGCGUCAAGAGACGUCAGAGCUGGCAACAUAUUGUGGUAAACAAACCAACAACGUAAAAUGGCAACCACAACAUUUACAACUAUGAUACCUACCCCUCAGCCGAAAAAACCGGGACCUCCCGUACCCCCCAGACCACAACAAUCAAGUUUAUUAAAAACACAACAACGUGAUGUAUCAUCAUCACAAUCAACAUCUUCAACAGCGGCAGCUACAACAGCAAAAUCGCAACAUUUAAUGAGCAAAGUAGGUCUAGAACAACCACAGAUUCUUAAAAAACCCAUAAUAGCAAAUGCCAGCAACACCAACACGACAACAGCAACAGCCAAUUCUACUUCAGUUACAACAAGUGGCGGUCGCACGGUUAUCUACAAAUCACCAUCAUUGAAUUUACAAAAACGCCAAGACGAACGUGAGAAACGUAAUGAAGCCAGUACACAGACAGCAACAACUGCCAUUACCCGAACAACAUCGGCAGCGGCUGCAACAACAGCAGCAGCCAACAAAGCUAAAUUAGCAAAUGGCACGCAGGCACCUAAACCACCGUUAAAAUUAAGAAAAGCUCCCGAUGUGCCCACAAAUUUUAAACCACGCAUAACAGCACCUCAACCGGAAGUUAAAGAAACUGAUACAAAAUCCAACAACAAAAACACUAACACCAACAACAGCCAAGACAACAAUAUAGUUAUUGUUCAAUCAGCUCAGGGUGUAGUUACUUUAAAUCGCCACCACUCUAUGGGUGCUGCUUCGCCUCAAAAUAAACCCUCCGCUUUGGCAAAAGAUACACGUCUCAGCUUGGGCAAGGCCGAUUUCGAAAGAGUGGGUAAGAUACAAGUGCAACAAUUACAGCCCACUUCCCAACCUCUGCCAAAACCACGUAAAAUUGUUAAAGUUCCCGUAGCAACUUUAGAUGUGGACGAUACCAGUUCCUCCAACACCAACACAUCAUCUUCUACUUCUUCAAACACUCUACACGUGAAUCUCUUUAAACGCUCUAAAACUUCUAUAGAAAAUUUUACCUCACGUUCGAAUAUUACCACAGUGAAUACCAAUACCACGGGCAGCUAUUUAAGUGGCAAAACAGUGGAAAUCAAAAAUAAUCUUAAAAAUGCCGCCGAACGUUUGUUCUCGGAAAUAAUGGUGAAUCAGCAGAAACAAAAUGCUUUGGAAUCCAAUUUAGCCACCAAUACCAUUAUAACGAAACAUGAAAGGGCCAUACAGCAUCAGGCGGAGCCUAUGAAACUGAAUAAUGCAAAUAAUGUAACAGUGGUGACCACCUCCAAGGAUUAUGCGCUUAACAAUGACAAUAAUAAUUGUACGCGCAUAAAUAUCACGACCACUGCAGCAGCAGCAGCAGCUGCGAAUAAUCAAAAUACUAACAAAUUGUCGGCGGCCGGCAAUGUCAGACAAGUGGUAUCGGCUUUUAAUUCUCCAGAGAAAAAAUCGGCUGCAUUUCAUGAAAUGCUAAUUUCUGAACUGGCUGCCAUGCGCACUAGAUCAUGUUCUAUGGAAAAUUUGCAAACAACACAACAACAACAACAAUUGUUGCAACCACAGUCGCCUCUGUCGGUUAAAGAAUCCGCAACAAUUGACAAACAAUUUCAAAAUUACAAACAAUUUAAAACUCUGGAGAAUCAAUUGAAAGGCAACAACAAUAAGCUACAACAAGACCAACAGCUACAACAACAAGAUCAACAACAACAACGUUCAACACCACAACAAAAAUCCAAACAACAUCAUCAUCACAAACUUCCUGCUAAUGAUGAUGACAUUGAUGCCGAUAAUAUUGAAGAUGCCGAUGGUGAUGUUGAAGAGGAACUUAAGAAAUCUUUAAAAGUUAUAACCGCCCAAAAUUCACCACGCAAACGUACACCUUCAGGCUGUUCUUCCGACUCCUCGCCCUAUGGCACUGAACGUUCUGCACGCAUACGCACCUCCGAUUGGAUUGAGGUGGGCGAUAAUGGCAAGCAAGUAACGCUCACCAGUUGUCAUAUUAGUUUGGAGGAUUCUGGUUUAGAGGAUGAAGAGCGUAUGGAUGAAAUGUCUUCGUCGGGUGUGGGUGAUUCGUGGGAUAGUGUUAAGGAAGCUGAACAGCAUCAGCAGCAACAACAGCAGAUUCAGUUGCAGCAACAGGCUAAGAGAAGCCGUAAUGUUAAGAGGUAA